AUGAAUAGCCUACUAGGGUCGUCAAUCGACCUAUCAGACAAUGCCAGAGAACUCCAUAACAAGAUGUUAGUCGGUGGGAUCGGCGCUAUGUACACACAGCCCGAAUUACAACAGCAUUCAGGGCUCGGUUCUCUAAAUGACCUGAUGACCAUCGUACAGGAACUACUUGACAAGAACCUUAUCAAACUAAUCAAGCAAAACAAUGAGCUGAAAUUCCAAGCCGUGGAUGUAUCAGAGGCCCAAAAGAAAUCUGCAAUGUCUGCAGAAGAAGCGCUAGUGUACUCCUACAUCGAGGCAAGUGGUAGAGAAGGUAUAUGGACCAAGACAAUCAAGGCAAAGACCAAUCUACACCAACAUGUAGUACUAAAAUGCUUAAAGAGUUUGGAAUCACAAAGAUAUGUCAAGAGUGUCAAGAGUGUCAAAUUCCCAACCAGGAAAAUUUACAUGCUCUACAAUUUACAACCGUCGAUCGAUGUCACUGGUGGACCCUGGUUCACGGACAGUGAACUAGACGUAGAAUUCAUCAACAGUCUACUGACGAUCGUUUGGAGAUUUGUAUCUGAACGAACAUACCCCAACGGAUUCAAGAAUUUCAGCCAGGGCCAAAAAGAGAGACUUUACGCACCAAGUGUAAAUAACCACUCAACCACACAAGAAAUAUUAGACUUCAUCUCCGCAGCCCAGGUUGCAAACGUCGAAUUGAGUACCGCUAAUAUCCGUUCACUAUGUGACGUUCUAGUUUACGAUGACAAACUUGAGAAAGUAACACACGACUGCUAUAAAGUAACUUUACAAAGCGUAAGACAGAUGACCCAAAGCGGGGUGAGUUCGAAAGAAGACACGGGAUUUUCGAUCUUUGAUUAUUUCAACAUCAUUUCACCUUCACAGGGUGAGAAGGAAGCCGUUUACAUAGACGAAUGGCCCUUAUGA